AUGGCGAUCAUCGUUCAGCCAGAAAAAUUCCUCCAUCAGCAGAAAAUCAAUCUGGAUCUAAUUUUGGAAGGCUAUGAGUUUCGAACAGUACUGGUUUCGCUGCACAAAUUGUCUAAAUACAUCGAUAUCUCACAGUUGCCAGAAAACUUUGGUGGAACCUUCGCUUACGACGCUGAGCAGUGGUGCGACGAACGAGAGACAGUACUGGUUUCGCUGCACAAAUUGUCCAAAUACAUCGAUAUCUCACAGUUGCCAGAAAACUUCGGUGGAACCUUCGCUUAUGACGCUGAGCAGUGGUGCGACGAACGAGAGCAAUGCUCACCAGAAUUGAUUUCGAAAUACUGUGUAACCGUAGAAAAUUUAGCUUUUGCAUGUACGGUUCAAGAAAGAAAACCUAAAUUUGAUUAUACUUAA